UGCUGUGGACUCCAGCAUCCAAACAGCUACCAGGCAAAAAAGCCAAAGAGCAUCCAUCUAUCCACUGAUACGAGUAACAAGAACUCACAGAGAAACAUGCAUCUGUCUCCCAUUCCCCUCUGCGGUCUCCUCCUCAUCUUUAACCUGCAGCUGUUCAGCACAUAUCCCAUCAGCACCGGCUUGACUAAUACCGACAUGGACAUCUUAAAGGUGCUGCUUCACAGACUAGAGGAGUCAGUUUCAGAGCAGACUGAAGUGGACCAGAGAGUCCCCGCAGAGCAGGAUGAUCUGGACAGCCUGAACAUAGAGGAGGCAGCAGAUGGACAACAGCCUCAAACUGGAAUGGACGAAGCAGCGAUCAGGGAAUUUCUCUCAGCCAAGAACCUGAAGAACGUCCGCAAUGACUCGUCCAGGAGAUCCUCUGGCUGCUUUGGUCGACGGAUGGACAGAAUAGGCUCCAUGAGCUCUCUGGGGUGCAACACUGUUGGCAGAUACAAUCCAAAUGGAAAUGCUAACUGGCACAGGAGCUUGAGGUUGGGGAAGGUAGUUAGCCUCUACCAAACAAUGUGACUCCCUCUGGUAAUUCCAAUAAGUUGUCUUAUUCAUAUGCUGCGUGUUGUCAGCUUGGUAACAUUAGCCAUAGGUACGUGUACAUUGAAGAUACACCUAAUUUUUCUAUCUUUAACAGGUAGAAACCUUGAACAGAACCUGGCUCAUGGUGAGCGGCCGUUUGCCUUGACCAGUUGCGUGGGGGGGGGGUACAACAUAAAGCUGUAUAAUAAUAAUGAGACUAAUAA